AGGGCCCUCCUGAAAGGCGACUACGGCUUCUUCCGGUCCAUCAACGUCUGGCCGCCCUUCGUGCUGAUGGGCAUCUACUCCGCCUCGCUUUCGGCUUCCAUGAGCAACCUGAUCGGCGCUUCCCGCAUCCUUCACGCCUUGGCCAAAGACGACCUGUUCGGGCUUGUCCUGGCUCCGGCCAAGAUUGUCUCCCGAGGAGGCAACCCCUGGGUAGCCGUCCUCUACACCUGGGGCCUCGCGCAGGUAAGCUCUUCCCCUCGGUGUCAGGAUUCCAGCGAUCGCCCUCGUGAAUUUAUAGUGUGAUCCUCGAG